UAUUUCCUAUCUUGUUCCGCCAGAUUGACUUCAUAUCCCCUUCUGGAUUUUUCUAUCAUUUUUCAGAUACAGUUAUCAGCCACUCACUGUCUUACUCUUCACUUUUCUUCUGUCACUUUGUCACACUCACAUUAUUUAUCUUAUCACAGCACGUUACUUACACAUGGAAUAUUUGUUUAGUUAAUCAAGAAUUAAAAUAUAUAACAGUCAUUUGGUGUUGUGUUUCUUGUGCAACCAUGGCUAGUAACAAUAAUGAGAAGGAGAGAGACAUUGAGUUUAUGUUUAUCGAUGAUGAUGUAGAGGAAGGUGAACAACAUGAAAAGAUGGAGAGUGAGAGUAACGGUGAAAGUGAUGAUGGCAGUGAUGUUGAUGAGGGAAAUCAUAGGGAUCAACCUCAAUCUUUCACUUCUCAGAUAUGGCCUCAAAGUUACAAAGAGACUACAGAUUCUUACACAAUUGCUACAGCUCCAACUUUUGGGUCAAUCAUAAGAGGACCAAGUUUUAUUUAUUCAAGUUUUACCAAUCGUUCAAAGAGUAACUUAGAAAUAGAUGGAAAGACUCCUUUUCUAUCAUCAGGUCUUGAUCAAGGUACUGUUCAAACAACAACAUGGUGGGAGAAAGGUUCAAUGCAAAAUCUUGCUGGAGAAAUGCCUAUUGGUUAUGGUUGCAGCCUUACUCAAACAGUUUUCAAUGCGAUUAAUGUGAUGGCUGGAGUUGGACUUUUGUCUACACCUUAUACAGUGCAACAAGCCGGUUGGGCGGGAUUGGUGGUGAUGCUUAUUUUUGCAGGUGUUUGUUGCUAUACUGCUACCCUUAUGAAACGCUGUUUCGAAAGCAGAGAAGGACUUACUAGCUAUCCAGAUAUAGGCGAAGCUGCAUUCGGUAGAUAUGGCCGUAUUUUUGUAUCAAUCAUUUUGUACACUGAAUUAUAUUCAUAUUGUGUGGAAUUCAUCACCUUGGAAGGAGAUAACCUCACUAGUCUGUUUCCCGGAACAUCCUUAGAUUUAGGUGGUCUCCAUUUAGAUACCACACACUUGUUUGGAAUUCUGACAGCACUUAUUAUUCUCCCUACUGUUUGGUUGAAGGAUCUCCGAAUAAUCUCGUAUCUAUCAGUUGGAGGGAUUGUAGCGACAAUAUUGAUUAUCAUUUGUGUGUUCUCUGUCGGGACAACCGUUGGAUUCCAUCAUACUGGCCAAGUGGUGAAUUGGAGUGGCAUUCCGUUUUCUAUUGGUGUCUAUGGAUUUUGCUUUGCAGGACAUUCGGUCUUUCCAAAUAUAUACCAGUCUAUGGCUGACAAAAAACAAUAUACAAAAGCAUUGAUAAUAUGUUUUGUUCUGUGUAUUUUGAUAUACGGAAGCGUUGCAGUCAUGGGAUUUCUCAUGUUUGGUGAUGACACUUUGUCUCAGAUAACAUUGAAUAUGCCGACAGGUGCAAUUGCUUCCAAAGUUGCGUUAUGGACAACAGUAAUUAACCCAUUGACCAAAUAUGCUUUGUUGAUGAAUCCACUCGCAAGGAGUCUAGAGGAAUUGCUUCCGAAUAGAGUUUCAAGUACUUAUUGGUGUUUUAUUCUUCUUAGAACAGCACUUGUUGCAUCUACAGUUUGUGCUGCUUUUCUGAUUCCGUUUUUUGGACUUGUGAUGGCUUUGAUCGGUUCUCUCUUCAGUAUGCUUGUGUCAGUGAUAAUGCCUAGUUUAUGCUUUUUAAAAAUUGUGGGGAAAAAGGCUACAAAGGCACAGGUUAUCGCGAGCGUUAUAAUUGCUGCAGCUGGAAUCAUUUGUGGAUUCAUUGGAUCAUAUUCCUCUUUGAUGAAUAUUGCUGAUAGUUACUAAAGUAACUUAUCUCUUUAUGAUGGAGAGUUUAUGCUGAGUUUUGUAAAAUUAGACUUGAUCCUUCCGUAUAUUUCUUGAGCUAUAAUUUUCUCGUAUUUUUUCAAGGAAUUGAGAGACAGAUUAGACAGAUUAAUAGUAGUUUAGGAACUACUUAUUAUAUGUCUAUAGUUUACAGACUAAAUUUAAAAUAUAUUGAUAUAUAAUUUAGACGAAAUUGAUAGUUA